CUCCGUGUGGCAGCGGCUGCGCAGCCAGCCCGUGUGCCGCGCCUGCCCCGUCUCCCGUGGUUUCCGGUAGCAUGAGGUAGCAGGCCAGCGCAGCUCGGCGCCUUCCUCUUCCUUCCCGGUCCCACAUUGCCACUGACCCGUGGCAAUGCGCAGCGCCGUGCUGCUGCCCAGGCCCACCCGGCGGUGGGUGGUGCUGUGCGCCGCCUGCCUCCUCGCCGCCUUCCUCUGCUACACCUUCCUCGGCUCGUGCCGAUCGGGCAACCUGAACUUCACAUACGUCCCGCCAGAGCGCUUCGUGUGGGGCCGCAACAUGGAGAAGAUCCACUACGACCGGCACAUGCCGCUCAUCUUCAUCGGCGGCAUGCCGCGAAGCGGCACGACGCUCAUACGCGUGCUGCUGGACGCGCAUCCAGACGUGCGCUGCGGCGAGGAGACGCGCAUCAUCCCGCGCCUGCUCUCGCUCAAGCAGCAGUGGUCCAAGAGCCCCACCGAGGUGCAGCGGCUCAUCGAGGGGGGCAUCACCGACGACGUUAUGGACGCUGCCAUGACGGCUUUUAUCCUGGAGGUAAUUGUGAGGCAUGGCAAGCCUGCGCCACGGCUCUGCAACAAGGACCCGUUCACGCUGCGCGCCGCUGUUUACCUGCACAAGCUGUUCCCGCAGGCUAAGUUCCUGCUCAUGAUACGUGAUGGCCGGGCAGUCGUCCACUCCAUCAUCACGCGAAAGGUGACGAUCACAGGCUACGACCUGUCCGACUACCGGCAGUGUCUGAAGCGCUGGAACGCCGCUAUGUAUUCCAUGUACAACCAGUGCCAGCAGCUGGGGCCCAGCAUAUGCAUGCCCGUGUACUAUGAACAGCUGGUGUUGCACCCCAAGCCCUGGCUGCAGCGCAUUCUUGCUUUCCUUGACGUGCCGUGGAAUGAUUCUGUGUUGCACCACGAGCAGAUCAUCAACCAGUCGGGCAUAUCACUCUCCAAGCUCGAGCGUUCCACCGACCAGGUGAUCAAGCCAAUCAACCUGGAGGCACUGAGCAAGUGGGUCGGUCAGAUUCCCGAGGAUGUUGUGCGCGACAUGGCCAAAGUGGCACCCAUGCUGUCCGAGUUGGGCUACGACCCGAUGGCCAACCCUCCAAACUACGGUCGACCCGACUCAUUCGUGCUCAAUAACACGCUUCAGAUCAAGCGCGAGACAGCCGAAUGGCGCGCUCGAGAGCUGGAGCUGGCUCAGCAUCGCGAUGCUAUUCGUCGUGGUGCCAUUAGACGCAAGGUUGAAGAAGACGCUUUUAUUAGGACACCCACACCUUAGGAAAAGAAACUUGUGCGUGACUUUAAAAGACUUGAAUCUGUGUGACUCCCGUGAGCAUUUCUGUCUUGGAAAACGACAGUCCCGUCAUUUUUGUAAAAAAAAGAAAGACGAAAAGACUCUGAGCACGCAGCCACCUUCUCCAGUCACGUUAGUGCAAGUCGCGUCUGGCUGGCAGCUUUACUUUAUGCCAAAUGGUCGAAUGUACAAGAAGUCAGGUGUUCUUUCAAAGCAGCUUUUUUCUCAAAUAUUACCUCAUAAGCUUGUUGUUUUUUUAAUAUUGGAUAUAAACAUGAGUUUAA